CUCGGCGGCACUCUAAUAAAUUUUGAUGGUAUCAGUAGAAUAAUUUGAUUAGCGUUUUUUUUUAUAAAAUCAUUAAUUUUAUAAGGCAAAAUACUCAGGCUUUGAAGAAAAGCUACAAAAAGGGGCAAAAUCUGGUCACUUUGUGCAUCAAUAUUCAUAUGUGUGUGUGAAAAGGUGCGCAUGCACGUAACAUCAAUGCAAAACGCAGAAAGCAUUGAAUUGCUGAAUCAUUUGCCAAUUCAUCGCCAAUGGGUUUUUGCGGCGCCCGAGAUCUCCCUGCGAUCACCAAAAGCUGCGGCUAUGAAUGGCAUUUUCUUGCAUUCCUCCAGCCUACAAAGAAUUUAAAUAAUCGAUGCAUUCAAAUAAAGUCACAUUGAGGCUACCGAAAUGUGUUAUCCCGAAUGGCAUAGAGGCAGAGCGUAGGCAUCGGAUUGCUCAAGCAGACAGUUUGGAAGCUCGUGUAUGCAGAUGCCUGCAGAGGGGAACGCGAAACGAGCUUGGCUUGGAAGUAUUUUGACCAAGGUAGAAUGCGCGUGUUGACAGGGCUUUAGCCAUUGUUAUGCUCGCAGUCAGUAUUGCUUAUAUUUUUGUAUAUUAAGAAAAGAAAACAAUUAUACAUAACAUAUGUAUUUGUACGAACAUACAUACACAUAUUUAUACCAACUUAUGUACACUGAUAACUUCAACGUUUACAGCAACCGAAACAAAAAAAUUGAAGCCACCCGUUUACCCCGAUUGCCUUUAGCCUUUUGAGUAUUUUGUCCAUGUGCAUUCUGUAGUACUAGAUUAUAUUUAUAUGGUAUGUAUACAUAUCUCCUUAUUUUGUGAUAAAGGUGUGCCGCCAAACUCCUUUUUAUGUCUUGCUUAGUUAAUGAGAUUCCUGUAUAUACAUACAUAUGUAUGUAUGUAUGUAGGUAGGCGAGCACAACUACAAAUACUUCCACGAUCAACACACCAACAUAAUCUUCAAUUGAAAGCAUACCAUUCGGCGCAAACACGAAUUAUAUUAUUUUGAAACACACCACACGAAAAAUCUCCUGCAUCAAUUAUUAUAUUUUGUUUCAGAUCUACAUAUGUAUGUAUACUUUAAUUUAAUCAUGGUAUAGUUCCAAUACGAGAGGCAAUGCAUUGCCUUUAUAAACAGAAGUGUGAGCUAAAUUUUAAGCCUCUAUUGGUGAUCGCAUUAAUUUACUCUUUUACUAAUUUUAGCUCAACAGAGAAAUUAAGAAAACGAGCAAAUACAGGCAAACAACCAUAAAAGAGCGUGAGACCAGCUCAGCCACUCAAACCCCAAUUGGAUGAUGAUAAGAAGACAUGAUUUGUGCUUGAUCGACUUUUUUCCGAGAAGUCAUCUCAGUAGCUGAGAACGUCUACAGUCUCCACCCACUGGAGUGCUAACACAUUAACAAAAGAAGAUUAAGUGGAUUAAAAACUGGGGCGUAGCGAUAUAAAAUUUUCGUAGGGCUGAAUAACCUUACCAAUAACAACAUUUGAAGAGCAGAAAGAGCUUGAAGAAGUUAAGUCUACGCUAAACACAAAUAACGGCUUUAACGAAAGCACAAUUGGCUGGCGAAUGCAAAAUUACUAAAGAGUUAAGCGAACAGUAAAGAGUUGGCGUUGCUGUGAGUAACCAAAGAUAUCUCAGAGCGUACUGUAAACAUCUCUGAGUCGGUAGGUGCUAUCUCGCAAAUUAUUGGCGUUGUGGAACCUAUUGUAUAUAUACUUAUUUAUACUCGUAUUCUGUUUACAAAUACGUUCACAUAUACACCUGUGUUGUUGCAGCAGUCGAUAAUUCUCCCAGACCUUUUAGCCGCCUUCUGUUUAGAGACAAUUUUUUGAAGCGUAAGCUUUUCUUUCAUUAUAGUGUAGUAUUAGACUUAAUACCUAUGUAUAUACUUAUUUUCGAAUAUCAUAUGUAUAUGUACUUGUACUCGUAUUUGCCAUUGUUUGAGUUGGUAUUUUCCUAAUGAUAGUGGAGAAGAUCGGCAAGCCAACAAAGCGGCGAGUACUCGAACGUAUCCUCGACACAAUUGGACAUUUUCCAGCAGCGAUGUGCAGUGAAGCUUCGAUUCGAACGCAAUUGGAAGGCGGUCGGAGUGUUCACUUCAUUGUCCGAUUGUCUGCCGGUGCGUUUGUUUGAUCGGUGCACGGGAAUAUCGCGUUUGUGCAAACAACUUUGUUGAUAUGGUAUAUGUAGCGGUACUACCGUGUUCAAAAGUUAGCAAAAACUGGAGAGAUUACAAUGUCACUCGGAUAUCUUGCAUUGUGCUUCUUGGUUGGCAAUCGUUAUUAAUUAUUGUGAUUUUUUCGCAUUCAGUGUGCCCUUUGCACUUCUAAAGUGAAGUUACCGCGCGUUACAUUGUUGAAAACCAUCGGCUUGCGAUCAGCAAUCCACGACGGCAUUUCUCAGAGGCUCCGGCAAAGAGUGUUUGAAUAAGUGAUCCGAAUUUCGGGAGGCGCGUUUGACGAAUUGCGAAGCUGCUGUUCGGGAAAACUGCGUUAAAGUUAUGCCUUCAUAAAUGUCGAUAUCAAUUAAAUAAUAUUGAAUAUAAACUUGACUGGUUUUAAUGGCCUUAAGUUUCCCGAUUAAUGCAAAAAUAAAAAAUAAAAAGGUGUGUGUCUAAUUUAUUAUAUUACAUCAACACGUGCAACUCGUUUAAAUCUCUCCUACUUCGGAACACUGCUAGAGUUAUACUGUACAUAUAUUAGCAACCGAAAAUUGGGGUAUUUGAGUUUCUUGGAGCAACUCUUUAUUAUAAGUUAAGGUGGCUGUCUCAGGUAUAGAUGACGCAAACAUUGGUAAUUGUUGGAAUGUCAACCAUUUUUAAUGAGUUCACUAAUAGCCUCACCAGUCACACUGUCCUAGCAGAAACUUUAGACGCUCAUAGAUAUGCAAGUGUGUAUGUAUGUAUAGGCGAUAUGAGUUAUUGAACGAUAUGGUUGCGUUCUGAUUUGCGAGACUUACGAUGCAUGUGGACUAGGAGUGGUUGUGGUAGGGUCGGAGUUACUUAUGUCAAAUAAUCGUUGAGUCAAGUUUCGGUAUGCCAUUGUUGCUAGCAAAUUAUCAAUCGGGUAUUGUUGUUGCUCAAGUGGCAUACGGCAUGUUACUGGAUUACAAUAACAUUUGCGUGAUGAAUAGAAUAAAUGCUGAUGACAAGCACAACCGCAAGUAUCUACUCAAAUUAGCGACAAAUGAUUUGUUGGACGAUGAGAGAAUGUCUUUACCGGCUGUUGGGUCGCGAACAGGGUCUGCCACUGAGACAUUUUCAUAUCAGCAAAACCUUGACCUGUACUGUCAAAAAGAGACACAACAAAUAAACGCUCAAUACAAUUCCGUGGCACCAAGUGGCAGUGGUCCAACACCUCUUCAGUAUUUAAACAAUAUUUUCGGGUUGAAAGCUCCGUCACAAACAGCGUUCGUACACCCAAAUAUCUCGACAGAAGAUGUUUUUAAUUUGAGAAGUUUUCAGUAUUCAAAUGCGACCAGGCAUUUCGAACCCAACCAUUGCGAUAAUCAAGCUCAAGAAAUAUGUAGCAGUAAUGUGCCCCAGAAGCAACCUCGCCUUUCUCUACUGUCAACAGGUAUGCCAGCUGAUCUGUCGAACCAAUUCAAUCAAGCGCCAAUCGGAAUUACCGCUACGUCUGCGUUGAAACGUGAAGGUAAUACGAAUGAUUCAUCAAUGAAUAAGAGUCCGCCGCGCGUAUCUCUAUUGGCAGCGACGCUGAAUGAAAUAACAUACGCUCUACCGAAAGGGCCUGGAGCGACAGCAAACGCGAUCACAACAGCCUCUGUUGCAGCGGAAGUCAAAGCCAGAGACGGAGUCAGCGGAUCAGCGGUAGCUGAAAGUCCAGAAGUGGUAGCAGUUGAGGCGGCAACGACGAAACAGCCGUCAGCGAUUUCCAGUCAAAAUAGCCCAUCCAUGCGCGGCAUGCAAAACAUUAACGAGUCAUCUCUUGGUUUUGGCAUGUCCUUCUGUCCGAGCGAGGAUUCAAUUAGAAGCAGUAUGCAUCAUAUUUAGUUACGAACUUCAGCUCGAAUUCAUUAUAAGCCUUUACAUAAUAAAAAAAAAAAA